AUGCUCGUAUUCGCGCCGCUGCUGCUAACUGCGGUAGUAGCUGUACCGACUCAAACUGUGCUCGAAUCAUCUGGUCCUCGACCCCUCGUGAUUUGGCACGGACUCGGAGAUACGGCGCACUCCAAGGGCAUGAACCAGUUUGCUGAUUUCGUACGCGACGAGUAUCCAGGUAUCUUUGUUCAUUCUGUGGUCUCGCCGAAUGGGGGGAGUCCAAGUGACGAGCAGAAGGCUGGAUGGUGGGGUGUUGGCGAAGAGCUAUCGCAAGGCGGGUGCGACCAGAUCAAGAGUAUCCCCGAGCUACAGGACGGGUUCGACGCAAUCGGGUUCAGCCAGGGCGGCCUGUUCCUACGCUGGUACGCGCAGAACUGCGACGGUCCGCCCGUCAAGAAUCUCAUUACUUUCGGCACGCCGCACUUUGGCAUCACGGACCUUAUUCCCUGUCCCGACCCACCCACUUUGACGUGUACUCUUGCGUCGCGGGCAGCCAAAGCGGGGAUCUAUACGCGGUGGGCGCAGUCCCAUCUCAUCCAGGCGCAGUAUUAUCGCGACCCGGUGAGAAUGCGGCAGUUCCUCCAAACCAAUACCUUCCUCCGCGACUUGAACGGCGAGAAAGACAUGGAUGAGGAAGGAGGAUUUAGGCGCGAGAAUGGAGGACGGGGACUGGGCGGGCUGGAGAAUGUCGUCGCCAUCGCGUUUAGGGACGACAUCACCGUCGUUCCGCGUGUUUCGACACACUGGGCCACAAUCGACCCGGACAACUCUUCCCACGUUAUUCCACUCGAGGAACAGGAGAUGUACGUCGGUGACUUUAUCGGACUGAAGCGCCUUGCUCAAAAGGGAGGUCUCCACCGCCUCUUCUGUCCCGGUCAGCACAUGGACCUCGGCGGUGAGGGCGGGUGUGGCGACCGCAUGGUGCGUAAGUGGGUCGGCUGGCCUGCGUAG